AUGGUUAUUAAAAAUAUUGUUUCAACAAAAACAGCUUUGGCUUUGGCUAUUGGAGGUGGUGCUUCCUAUUUCCUUUAUAAAUUCUUCUCACAGGAAAAUGUUUCCUCCGAAGAUGGUGGUGCUUUCAGUUUCGUUGAGAGUGACGCUCCAGUUGGCCAAGUACAGGAAGUCGGUAAGAAGGAGCGUUACGUUCGUCCAAACAGUGCAUCCUCACCAAUCUUGGUUCUCGUUGGUACCGAAUACGGAUUGUCACACGAAGUAGCCUCUAAGUUGGAGGACGAACUCAGAGUGCAUGCCAACCUCUUUGUGCGUAUCGUCGACAUGGAGGAAUAUGAAAUGUUGAAUUUCGAGAAGGAACAGUUGGUUCUUAUUAUCACCUCGACCUAUGGUGAUGGUGUUCCACCUACCACUGCACGUCCAUUCUUUGACUACUUGGAAGCCAACAAGUUGGAUCUCUCACACAUCCAAUUCUGUGUUUUGGCGUUGGGAGACCGUUCCUACCCAUUGUACUGUGCAGCCGGUAAACUUAUGGAUUCACUCUUUGAGCAAUGUGGAGCCAAGCGUAUUCAACAACGUGUUGAAGUCGAUCAAGAGGAUUGGAACGUAUUUGACCGUUGGAUCAACUCGACCGUAGCAAUGAUUCCAUCUCUCCAACUCAAAGAGUCCGAUGACGAUUACCUCUACGAAGUUGCCAAGUCAUUCGCCGCUCAAGCUGGAAAACACAACAAGAAGGUUCCAUACUCAUCGAAGCUUUUGGUAAAGAGAUUGCUCACCAAGCUGGGUGGAGACAAGGAAGCAUUCCACUUGGAGUUUGAGUUGGGUGACUCUGAAUUGAAAUGGAUUCCAGGUGAUUCACUUGCAAUCUUGGCUCACAACAAGUCCGACGAAGUAAAGGCCGUGAUUGCACUCCUCAAACUCGCAUCGUCACUCAAAAUCAAUACACCAUCUUCACACUAUCAAGAAAAGCUUGGAUCGACCAACCCAUCACAGAUCACUCUCGAACAUGCACUCACCAAGUGUUACGAUCUCCACAAUUUGAAACCAGAACUCCUCACCCUCCUCAAAGAUCAUGCCAAGAAUCAAGAGGAAAAGAAUAAAUUAAUUGAAUUAUUAAAGGAAGGAACAAGUAAAACAAAUGAAACACUUCAUAAAUUCUUGGAAGUAAAUCAUUUGGUUGAUGUUUUAAAGAUGUUCAGUUCAGCUAGACCACCAGUUAACGAUAUUCUUGGUGCACUUGGUAAGCUAUUACCACGUUACUAUUCAAUUGCAUCUUCAAUGGCUCAUAAUGAUAAGACAGUAUCUUUGUGUGUUGCCAUUGUUAGAUAUCAAUUAUAUGGAACUGAUAGAGUUGGUAUUGCCAGUACUCACAUGUCGGAUCGUUUGGCCAUUGGAGAUCAAUGUUCGAUCUACGUCAACAAUAAUCCAGAUUUCAGAUUGCCAGAAGAUCCAUCGACUCCAAUUUUGAUGAUCGGUCCAGGUACUGGUAUUGCACCGUUUGUCGCUUUCAUCCAAGAGCGUUUGAAGCAGAAUGCCACCGGUGAAAUGCAACUCUAUUUUGGUUCACGUUCGUCGUCACUCGAUUUCCUCUACGGUCCGGAGCUCAAGCAAUACGAAGCGGACGGAGCCAUCAAGUUGUACACUGCCUUCUCGAGAGAGACCAGCAAGAAGGUCUACGUUCAAGACAGAUUGCUCGAGAAUGCCAAGGAGGUAGCGGAACUCAUUGAAAAAGGUGGACACAUCUACGUUUGUGGUGAUGCCAAAUCUAUGGCACCGGACGUACACAACACUCUCAAAACCAUCUUGACUCAACACCUUUCAAUCGAUGCUGCCGAUGCCGAAAACUAUUUACACAAACUCGAGAAAUCAAAGAGAUAUCAAAAGGAUACCUGGUUCUAA